AUGGAAAGCGCUGCACAAGUCGUUAUGGUAAUUUUGCUGCUUGGGUUGGGGUUUAUUAUAAUUCGCUCGAGCGCCAGGCGGAGAUCACUCUUUACCCCAGAGACACCGCGCAGCAAAAGUUCUCCGGAGCAAGAGAUCGAGAUUGACCAAAAUUCGCAAUUCUCGCCGGUCCCUGCAAGUACCGACCCUCCUAUUGCAGAGCACAACGGUUCCCCCUCCCCCUUCAACCAGUCUACACCAUUUGCGCCCCAGCAAGCGAUCCUUCCUGCCAAGAAAUCUACGGAUUACACUGUCGGCUGGAUCUGCGCCAUAGUAACAGAAUACGCAGCAGCGCAAGAAUUUCUUGAUGAAGAGCAUGAGGCACCAGACUUUGUGUCGCCGGGCGACACUAAUCAUUACACAUUGGGCAGAAUUGGGGAACAUAACGUCGUUAUCGCUGUCUUACCUGAUGGAGAAUACGGAACUGCUGCCGCGGCCAUGGUAGCCACGAAUAUGCAGAAUAGCUUCCCCAACGUUCGAAUCGGGUUACUGGUUGGCAUCGGUGGCGGUGUCCCAAGCGAGAGGCAUGACGUUCGCCUGGGCGAUGUUGUGGUCAGUGCACCCCGCGAUGGUAAAGGUGGCGUGUUCCAGUAUGAUUUUGGCAAGACAAUGCAGGGUCGUUCCUUCCAACACACUCGGUUUCUCAAUCAGCCUCCGAUAGCUCUUCGUACUGCACUGACAGGACUACAAGCACGAUACAAGAGAAGGGGUCACUGUAUUGAGAGCACAAUCAAUGGCAUUUUAAACCGGAACCCAGGGCUUCGACAAGAGUACGGGCGGCCGCCGGGAAAUGCUGAUACCCUGUUCAGAGCAGAAGUGAUCCAUGAUCCAAAGGGAUGUGCAGAAUUCUGCGCUAGUAAUCCAUCGAAUAUCAUCCAGCGGCGCGCGCGAACUACGAACGAACCGAACCCAGCUAUUCACUAUGGGCUCAUUGCUUCCGCAAAUCAAGUGAUGAAGGAUGCAUUGGUGCGCGAUCAGCUGGCAGCUGAGAAUGACAUCCUCUGUUUUGAAAUGGAGGCUGCGGGGUUGAUGGAUCAGUUUCCUUGCCUUGUUAUUCGCGGCAUAUGUGACUAUUCGGACUCGCAUAAGAAUAAGGAGUGGCAAGGCUUUGCAGCGAUGACAGCGGCUGCGUAUGCGAGAGAUAUGAUCUGCCAGAUUCGUCCAAGUUUGGUUGAGGCUGAGAAGAAGCUCGGUGAAAUUCUACUUGGCCUCCAUGAUACUGUCAAAGAGAACCAGGACUUAGCAAAGCAGACCCUGGACAAUGCAGAGAAGCAACUCAAAGCCCAGAAUGAUUUCGCCAAGGAAAGGUUGUCCGACAAAGAAGAAAAGUGUCACCAGCUGUUCCGCCUCACUAGUAACAGCGGGGAUGAUGCCACAUAUGAGUGGUAUAAAAAUCGAGUGGAGGAGAGGGUUGACAACACGUGCAUAUGGUUCCUCCAGCAGAAGAAAUUCCAGGAGUGGUUGCAAGCUGAGUCUGGCCCCCUGCUAGUCUCAGCGGAUCCUGGCUGUGGAAAGUCAGUGCUGGCCCGGUACCUGAUUGACAGUUACCUACCGCGAUCGGCAACAAUCUGCUACUUCUUCUUUAAAGACAAAGUUCAAGAUAAAGUCCGGCAAGCACUUUGCGCGUUGCUUCAUCAACUCUUCUCUCAGAGGCCGUAUCUGAUCAAACAUGCCAUGCCAGAGUACAGCAAGGAUGGGGAAGGUCUGAUCAACUCGACAGAAUCGCUGUGGAAGGUUCUACGAAACUCGAUCGGAGACCCCCAGUCAGGACCAACAAUCAUGGUCCUUGAUGCCCUAGACGAAUGCAGUGAAUUGGAGCUCCCAGACCUGACGCAGAAUGUGGAGAGUCAAUUCCGUGGCCGCCAGGGCAAGCUGAAGUAUCUCCUAACAUGCCGCCCAUAUGAGUCGAUCGUAUCUAGAUUCGGCAGCUUGUUGCGUACCUUUCCGAAACUUCAUAUACCAGGAGAGGAAGAGUCGGAAACCAUCAGUUGUGAAGUGAAUCAUGUCAUCACGUACAGGGUCAAUCAGCUGUCGCAGAAGAAGAAUCUCUCGCCCGAAGUCGGGAGCCAACUAGAGAAAGGACUACGGAAGACUCCCCACCGUACUUAUCUCUGGGUAUACCUCGUGUUUAAUUACUUGGAGGAAGAAGACUUCAAAAAAACAGCGAAAGGGGCUGAGUCUGCCUUAAAAACAAUUCCAACAACUGUUAAUGCGGCAUACGAGCAAAUCCUUAACAAGUCUAGGAACCGCUCGAAGGUUCGAAAGGUCUUGAGCAUCAUCUUGGCCGCGAGCCAGCCGCUGACUCUUCCGGAAAUGAACAUUGCUGUGAAUGUAGAAGAAAGUUCGCAGUCUAUUAAUGACCUUGACUUGGAGGAUGAAGAGUACUUCAAAUCACGCCUCAGAACGUUAUGCGGACUGUUCAUCUCAAUCUACCAGGGCAGGAUUCAUUUUCUCCACCAAACGGCUCGCGAGUUUCUUCUGGGAGACUUGGUAUCAUCCAAUACUACUCUAUUAGAGCAAGGUUGGUAUCACUCCAUUGCUAUUACUCAGGCACAUGAGAUUCUUGCGACUGUCUGCGUGCGCUAUCUCAACUUCUUCAAUUGCGACACAACCAUUUCAGCAAACGCAAAUAAAGAUAACAGCAACAUCACUGGUAGCCAUGACUUCCUACAUUAUUCAGCCAAAACCUGGACUACUCACUUCCGCGAGGCCAGUAUCAUUCCUGCCGCUACCAUACUACCCUCUGCUCUAAGAAUUUGUGACCCGGAUUCGAGAAGCUACGCAGCAUGGUUUGGGAUCUUCUGGGAGACUACAAAUUUUUCGAAGACCGAGCAUUUUUCAAACCUUAUGCUAGCAUCGUACUGCGGGCAUUAUGCCAUCGCCAGGGUUCUUCUCGAACAGGGUGCGGAUGUGGAGUGCAAGGACACUGAGUAUGGUCGAACACCUCUAUCAUGGGCUGCAGGACAGGGACAUUAG